UGGGACGGCGCGGGCCCGAGUCAGCAUGUUGUCGGCCGGUCACCGCGGUCCAGUCUUGCUCCGGCUGCGGCGCUUCAGGCGGCGGCCGGGGGUCGCGCCCUGGCCGUCCCUGCGCGACCUUGGACGGGAGCCCGUCGAGAGAGCUCGGUCCCGGUGUAGCGACUCCUCGCAAAGAGACGCGCGAGAUGGACGGAGAGAGCGCGAGGCCGCGCCGAAGAAGGCUCCCGCCGCAGAGUCGCCUCCAUCACUCCCUCCGAGCGGCCGGGGCAUUGGGGCCAGGUGUCUUUCGUCACUGGAAAGCCUCCGACCGCCGGCGCCUCGAGAGGAGCCAUCCCUUGGAGAGCGCGAGGACUCGAGCGGAGACCUGGCCCUGGCCGAUCCCGCACACCGGGCGUCCGGGGGUCCCUCGCUGCCCGCCCUGGUGGCGGAACAUCACGGCUCCUCUCCCUGGUCCGCUUCCAGGGAGGAGCCCUUUCGGGCUGGGGAGCUGAUUUUAGCUGAGACUGGGAAGAGAGAAACACACUUUAAAAAAUUGUUUCGGCUGAGCAACGCCGGGCGUUUAAAUAGCAGCUGGGGGGUAGUCCCGUUCAGCGACAUCGUGGGGAAGUUCCCCGGCCAGGUGCUGAGGAGCUCCUUUGGUAAGCACUUCCUGCUCAGGAGGCCGACACUGGAAGACUAUGUGUUACUGAUGAACAGAGGGCCUGCCAUAACGUAUCCAAAGGAUAUAAGUAUGAUGCUGUUGAUGAUGAAUAUUCACCCAGGAGAUACUGUUUUGGAAGCUGGCUCUGGCUCUGGUGGAAUGAGCUUAUUUUUAUCCAAAGCAGUUGGAUCACAAGGACGGGUCAUAAGUUUUGAAAUACGAAAAGACCACCAUGAACUGGCUAAGAAGAAUUACAAACACUGGCGUGAUUCAUGGAAAAUUAGUCAUGUAGAAGAGUGGCCAGACAAUGUGGAUUUUAUUCAUAAAGAUAUUUCAGAAGCAAGUGAAGACUUAAAAUCUUUAAAAUUUGAUGCGGUAGCUUUGGAUAUGUUGAAUCCUCAAGUUGCUUUGCCUGUUUUAUACCCUAAUCUUAAACAGGGUGGUACAUGUGCUGUAUAUUUAGCAAACAUCACACAGGUUAUUGAACUUUUAGAUGGAAUUCGCAUCUGUGAACUUGCUCUCUCAUGUGAAAAGAUAAGUGAAGUCAUUGUCAGAGAUUGGUUGGUUUGCCUUGCAAAACAGAAAAAUGGAAUUUUAGCUCAAAGAGUAGAACCUGAAAUCAACGUGGAUUUACAAGUACAAUCUCAAAAGGUUAGAGCUGAAGGUGAGAUGCUUCAGGAUGGCCCUGGUGAGAUGCUUCAGGAGGAUAGCCAUGAAGAAUCACGUUCUGAUUUUCCAUAUGGAUCAUUUCCCUAUGUUGCUAGACCUAUACACUGGCAAACUGGUCAUACAGACUACAGUCUAUGGAAGAGCCAGACAUUAAUCACAUAAAUAUGAAACUAAAACUGUUUUAUAUGCUCCAAAGAAGUUCAGGGUGCUGUAAUAAGGGUUUUGCUCUGGUUAAGUAAUUACCUGUGAAGUGACAACUGAGCUGAGACCUGACUGGUAAGUAGGAAUUGACUACAGAAGGGAAAAUGGAAACAAAAAGGCCACUGAUGUUGGGGUUGAGUGAAACGAAAUGGAAAGAUAGGUCAGGGUCAGGCCAUACAGGAUCUGGUAGCCCUGUGAAGGAGUUUGUUUAUCCUAAGAAAAAUGGGGUGCCAUUUAAGGAUUUAAUGAAGGGUAACAUGCUUAGAUCUAUGUUUUGGAAAAAAAAACCACUGGUUGCAUUAUCAUAGAGUGUUCUGGUGCCAUCUUUCUGUAUGGUAAGUACUAUCUGAACAAUCAAACAAUAAUGGAUUUAUAGUUUUCAUAACAUUUCCAGAUAUAUAGCAGCUCUGAAGUACAUAUUUAAAUUCCAUCAUGGAAUACUCCUUUUUGUUUAAUUAGCAGCAAAAUUCUGCCAUUAGUUGUUUGGAAUGCAGGCCUUAAUUGUACUGAUUGGAGAACGGGACUGGCCUAAGAGCAAAGAAAAGUUGUGCCUACUACUCCUAUUUCACAUAAAAUAGUUUCUGCUCAGUACACUGUGCUCAGUAGAUGCUGAAUUGAACAAGAUCUAACAGUGUCCAUUCUAAUUUUAAGUUGAGUUGAAAAUCAAACUAAUAAGCAAAAAAGAUUUAUAUAAUAAAUCAAAGUUCAGCUUACGACCUUUCUCCAUCUCUCCAUCAAACACUAAGCAUGUUUACGGUCUGGUUUAUGGAAAACACCUUCUUCUAUAAGUUAUAUUUCUGUUUAUGUCUGGCUCUCACUUACCAUAGUGUGAAUUCUAGAGAUUUGUGAAUGACUCAUAACUGUCUACCCAGUGUUUUCCAAGGGCCCCUUGCCUUUUCCACCCCGUAUAUAUAGUCAAUAAAAGUGCUAAUGGUUUUAAGCCUAAACUGGAUCAUGUAUUGUCUCAUCUGUUGCCUUGUUUGUUCUAGGGAAAACUUUAGGUGUAUAGCUCUUGGAUUGUGGAAGACUUUAAGUUCAAACUUUAUACUUCAGAGAUAAUAGGAAACUUCUGAAGGUUAUAUGGUCAUAUAAAAGAUAAUUUUUUAAAGUCAGUCUGUUAGUGGUAUCUGAGUAUUCAAAGGAAAGAAAAACUGUUAAAUCAGAAAUUUCAUAGUAAUACAUAGUAUACAACUAUGAGGUAGUAAUAAAUAAUAAUGUGAGGAAAAGGGGCAGAUGUAAAAAAUAUAUAGUGAAGGAAGAACCAGACAAGCUGGUAAUUUAUUGGAUGCAGUGGGAGAGAAGCAAUAUAGUUUCAAACUUUUAUCCUCUAUUCAGAAUCCUUUUCCCUUCUCUGGGCAAAACUGGACUCAGUCAAUGGCCAGUUCAUAUACUUCCUCUGAAAAGCCUUUACCAAGUCCCUCACACACAGAAUUAAUUCUGGAAUCUUUUGUGCUCCUAAAUGUUGGUCAUGUAAUUAGCAUUGCCCUUAUUAUAUAACUAAUUUAUAAGCCCUGAUUAUGCCUUUGUUAAGUGUAAGGGUUUUAAACCUGAAUGACUAGAAUAGGGGUGACAAAAAUAAGUUCAGAGAAGGAUUUUUGAGGAAAAAUUAUUUGAUUUUAUAUUAUAUAACAGAAUGUCCCAAGCCUGCGUACAAAACCAAACUAAGGUUCGGUAUAUUGUUUUUUUCCCUUGGCUUCACUCUAAAAUCUGAAGAGUCUUUAGGUAAUAUGUACUAAUACAUAUCCAUGUUUCAGAUGGACUACCCUAGGUGUCAUAAAGCUUAUUUAAGACAGCAUAAGGCAAAGAGAAACAAUGUACAGUUGACUCUCGAACAAUGUGGGGUUUAGGGGUGCCAACCUCCCAUGCGGUAGAAAAUCCGUGUAUAACUUGAUUUCCCAAAAACCACAAUUGGCCCUUUGUAUCUGCAGGUUUCGAAUCCUGAUUCAACUGCAGGUUGAAAAUAGUACUUUCUUUUCUUUUUUAAAAAAAAAUAUAUUUUAUUGAUUUUUUACAGAGAGGAAUAGAGUUAGAAACAUCGAUGAGAGCGAAACAUC